UACGCGCUGGUGACAGCGUGAGCAGCGCAACUGAACGACGCUAUAGCGUGCGCGGUGCGCCACGACUGCGACCCGAUCGAAUUUCGCGCGCCGAUCAGCGCAAGUGCCCGAUUGUGAACAAUCAUACAUCACCAAAAUUCCAGGUCUUCAAAGAUAACAAUAUGUUGGCGAAGAAGUUAAUGCAUAUAUCUGUUUUUGGACUGGCGAUGUUAUGGGACUGGAAGAGCGAAGCUGCCACGGCGGCGGUAAAACUGUGUGGCCGCCAGCUCGGAGACAUCAUGAGCAGAGUCUGCCACGAGUACAAUAGCCCUACUUGGGAUGCACCUACAGUGGUAGAGCAACCAGCUGCAUUGGUGAGAAGAAGAAGACGAACUGGAAUCGCAGAUGAGUGCUGUGUUUUCGGAUGUACUUGGGAACAGCUUACUGCAUAUUGCGCAAUUAGUGCCAAAUCUGAAUCGCCGCUGGAUUCCAUGGAAGCACACAUGAUCGCGGACCGAUCGGCGGAGGCGGAAGCGGAGGCGGCGGUUGUUUCUCCGGCUGUGGUAGGCAAGGAGUGGUCUACAAGCGGAGAGACGGGGAGCUCUCGGCGCGAGGUGGGACGCGGUCGCAGUCGCGGGUACGGGCGCGCGAGGGCGCGAGGGCGCCGUUGUUGGUGCCGGCGCAAGAGGCGCUCGGGCCGACGGCGAUCCUCACUCAUGGGUAACAUGGAGCUCAUAAAAGGUGCCGUGCGCGCUGCGCCCGUAUUGGGAACAGUGUCGCCCCUACUGACGUGGGGCAGAACCCUGAACACUGACUUGCCAUCGAUUGAACGAGAUCGAUAUGCAUAUGUUGCAGUCUACACAUAAAUUAAUCGACAGCCGAUAAAAACGAGCAAAGUAAACAACAUGCAAUCACUCGCUUGCAUUUGGUGCAGCGACCCGGUGUUCCCUAGGUCAAUGUUAGGAAAUAUGAGUAAACAAAUAUUAAUUGAAAUAUGACAUACGUAAGUUUUAGAUGAAAGGCAAAAUUUGGUCAGAAUUUAAAAUAGUUAUAUAUAUAUACGUAACAAGUACCUUCCUUGCAAUGUGUUCAAAUAACUAGCAUUAAUAUAAUGUUUACCUAAUAGAUAGAUAAUUUUUAAAACUUACAUCAUUACAAAUUUCUGUAUUCACUUGCAUGGUUAACAGACUUAAGGUUAUAAACUGACCACUAAACUCAUUUUGUCUUUUCUUUUACAUUAUAGAAAAAACUUACUAUUUAAUUAUAUAUUGUAUUGAUGUCAUAAAAAUUCAUAGUAUUUAUUAUUCACUGUAAAUGAUACCUCACUUUACUGAUUUUUAAUAUAUCUUAUUGCGAAUAAAUACUAUAAGCGAGAAUAUUGUAUUCCAGGUUCUAUUUAUGCUUUAAUUUUGUAAAACCUUUGUGUAAAAAAUAUAUUUAAGCUGUCUGCAAUAGAAUGGAGCACCAUAAUAGAUACAUUAUGAAAUUA